AUGACCGAAGGAACGUCUCUGCCGGUGCCAGAGUCACAGGGCAGCAGCAACGAAUCCAGCGCCAACCCCAGCAGAGCGCACAGCGUGCGAGGCGGAAAAACUGGAACAAAGCCGGCUCAAAAAGUCAAGUUCUCGGUGGAAGGAGGCGAUGGAGAUGACGAGGACCCAAAAGAAACACAAAAGCCGGAAGAGCCCCGGAGGAGGAGGGAUAUCCCCCAGAUCCGUGUUCCUUCGUCCGAAGAUGUCGCCGACAACCUGCUGGCACCGGCCGACUGGACAGGACGAACAAGUGCUGCGGCCGCUCACGCCGAAGACCGUGCCAGACGGUUAGCCAACAGACUUAGCAAUCCGACACCGGGAAACCGAACACCUGGCAACCGAACACCAGUCGGGUCGCGACCGAGCUCGACUGCCUCGGCGUCCGCGCCUCUGGUCCCGCCGCCGCACCAGCAACUGCCAUAUGCGUCCCCGAACUCGUCUCCGCCAACGAAGCCGCUGCGAGACUGGCUGGUGAAUAUCGACGACAUCCCGCUCCAACCGCUGGACAAGGAUAAGCGGCAAUACACGCUGCACGACGAGACGACGGAUGACAGCGAGGACGAAGAGAAUCAGAAGCCGCUGAAGCGCGACAACGAGAAUAUAGAAGAGGCUAGGAGGCUAGUCAGGACGUUGACCACCGCCCAUCAGCCGGCCAAAUGGCAAGACCAACCAAGGCAAGUCAUCCAUCUACCUGUGUCAGGAACUCAGACUCCCGCCGCCGACAAACACGUCCAUGACCUCGAGUACGUGCCGCCGCCGGACGAAUACCGGCCCGGUGUCUUCGGAGCGAUCCUGUCCUCGAAACUCGCCAACCUGCAGCGCGACAACAUCGAACAACCGCGAUACCAUGACGACCCCGGUGCCGGCACAGGUGGGGGUCAGAACGCGCAGAACAGAUACCAAUAUCAACCCCGAGAGGGCGACGGCCACCAUCACCACCACCGUCCCCAUCCGCAUCUCCCGUACGGCCACUCACGGAACCCCUCCGAAACGCACGAUUCAUCGGCCGGCUCGUCAGGCAGGGCGACGCCGUCCAGGCGACCGAAAUGGUACGACAAGUCACCUGCCAGCCAGUCGACGUCGUCCAUGGCCGCUCUGCUGUCAGGGUCGUCCGCUGCGGCUGGGGCGUUCGCGGCCCCAGGGACAAGCGGAUACAUACCUCGGCCGCCGCUGAGGCGGCAUAAGUCGUCGAACAGCAUGAUCGCAACGGCGGUGGAUAUGAUCAAGCAUCCUGCGAAUCAUUUCCACCCCAAACCCGCCCACAACCUGAAAGCCGAAGAAGAGCGGGUGAUCCACGACGUGGCCGAGAUCCUGGCGUGCCGCAAAUACCUCAAGCGACUGGCGCGGGCACUAAUGGCAGUCGGCGCCCCAACGCACAGGCUGGAAGAGUACAUGAAGACGUCGGCGCGCGCCCUCAGCAUCGACGGCGACUUCCUCUAUCUCCCGGGGGCGAUGAUCGUGUCCAUCAACGACAAACUGACCAUGAGCACGGAGGUGACGCUGGUGCGCGAGAUGCAGAACGUCGACCUGGGCAAGUUCAAGGACGUGUACGAGGUAUACAAGUGCGUGAUCCACGGCAAGCUGACGGCCGAAGCGGGCACCGAGGAGCUCGAGACCAUUCGCAACGGAAAGCCGCGCAACAAGCUGCACUGGGUCAUUCUCGCGUACGGCGUGGCCGCGGUCGCCGUCGGGCCCUUCGCCUUCUCGGCACGCCCCGUCGACUUCGGCCCCAGCUUCAUCCUCGGCUGCAUGUUGGGCUUUCUGCAGCUCGUCGUCGGCACCCGGUCCACGCAAUUCUCCCAUGUCUUUGAAGUCACGGCGACCGUCAUCAUCUCGUUUGCCGCACGCGGCCUGGGCUCCAUCUACCAUCAUGGCAAGCCGGUGUUUUGUUUCUCCGCCAUUGCCCAGAGCAGUAUCGCCCUGAUUCUGCCGGGCUAUACCGUCCUCUGUGCGGCGCUGGAGCUGCAGAGUAAAAAUCUGGUGUCUGGGUCUGUGAGGAUGGUCUAUGCCAUUAUCUAUUCGCUGUUUCUGGGUUUUGGGAUCUUGAUUGGGACGGUUAUUAUGGGCCUCAUCUAUCCUGGCGCCCAAAGCGACGUGACAUGCGACAUGCCAUCAUGGUGGAACUCCAACCAACAUGACUACAAGCUGAUCUACGUGCGGUUCAUCUGGGUGCCCAUUUUCGCCAUGUGCCUGGCCAUCAUCAACCAAGCCAAAUGGCGCCAGGUGCCGGUGAUGACGCUGAUCGCGUGCGGCGGCUACCAGGCGACGUACUGGAUCUCGACGCAGACGGCCAACAACGUGCAAGUGGCCAACGCCAUCGGCGCGUUCGUCAUCGGCUGCAUGGCCAACCUGUACAGCCGCUUCUUCCACGGCCUGGCCGCCGCCGCCAUGCUGCCGGCCAUCUUCGUGCAAGUGCCCAGCGGCCUGGCCGCCAGUGGCAGUCUCGUCGCGGGCGUCACCAGCGCGAACCAGAUCACGGGCAACGCGACGGGCGUCGAUGUUAUCGGCAACGGCACCGCCGGCUUCUUGGAUGCGCAGAACGGCUCGAGCAACUCAACGGCGUAUUCGGGGACCAUUUUCAACGUCGGCUACGGCAUGGUGCAGCUGGCCAUUGGCAUUAGCGUGGGCUUGUAUUUGAGCGCUUUGGUCGUUUAUCCCAUUGGGAAGAGGAGGAGUGGGAUCUUCAGUUUCUAG